AAAACAGUGCACGUUUGUUAUUGAUAUAGUUGUCCGUUUCACAUUAACAGGCAGUAAUGAAGAUGGCCGCCGAUGUGGGAUCGAUGUUUCAAUAUUGGAAGAAAUUUGAUCUGCGACGGCUUCAGAGGGAGCUGGACUCAGUGGCUUCGGAGCUGGCUGGCCGACAGGAGGAGAGUGACCAUUCCCAUAAGCUCCUGGUGGAGCUGAGCCGGGAGUUCAGGAGAAAUGUCCCUGAGGAGGUACGGGAGAUGGUGAGCCCCGUGCUGAAGAGCUUCCAGGCCCAGGUGGUAGCACUUAAUAAGCGGAGCAAAGAGGCAGAGUCAGCCUUCCUUGGAGUCUACAAACAGCUGAUUGAAGCCCCAGAUCCCGCCCUCCUGCUAGAGGCCACUCACACCCUGGAGGAGAAGCUGCACUCGCUGCAGAGCUCCGGUGCCACUGCCCACCCGCUACUUCGGGAGCUCAGCAGGCACCGCAAAGGUCACCUAGAGGCCCCCACCAAGACAGGCAACACGGAGGACGGCCCAGUGGCAGGGGGGGCUCUACCCCCCAAGAGACACAGCAGCAGCCCCCACAGUGGCACAGUGUCACUCCUACAGGGGAACACUGAUGGCAGUCCCAGCACUCUGGCUGUCAGGCUCAGGGACGCAGAAGACCGGACCCAGAUGCUUCGAGCAGCGCUCAGCAGCACGCAGACAGAGCUGCUGGACCUGCAGUGUAAAUACGAUGAGGAGAUGGCGUCCAAGGCCAAGGAAAUCGGUCGGGUCAUGACCAACCUGGAAAAGGCCAAUCAGAGAGCAGAGGCAGCACAGAGGGAGGUAGACAGGCUGCGGGAACAGCUGGCUGGAGUCAGCAGCGACUCCCCUAGGCAGGGACGCCUGACAGAGGCAGUAAACACACCCUCCCAGGAGAACAAGCUAUCAGGCAGCUCUCAGCCCAACCUGGAGACCACCCUGGUCGCCAAGGACCGGGAGAUCCUCCGCCUGCUGGAGAACGUCCAGCGACUCCAGUUCACGCUUCAGGAAGUGCAGGAGGCCUCAGCCACUCGCAUCGCAGAGCUGGAGCGCCAGCUGGCCUAUAAGGUGCAGGCUGUUGAGAAACUAGAGGCCAGGCUGCAGUCCCAGGCGGAUUAUGAUGAGAUUAAGACUGAGCUCAGCAUCCUGAAGACGAUGAAACUGGCCUCCGCUAAUGGCAGCUCAUCACAGGCAGCAGAUGGUUUCCUGCUGGAGAAGGAGGCCUUCCUGUCCUCUCAGAAAUACCUCUUGGAGAAGCCACAGGGUGCUCCCAGCAGUGGUCUGCGUGCCCUCAGCGAUGAGGAAUCUUUGGAGGCCAGCCAGUCCAUGGGGUCGGACUCUCCCCCCCAGCGGCUAUCGCGCGUGGAGAGCCAGUGCUCGUCGAGUCCUGGGCAGCCGGGCCAGUCCAUGGGGUCGGAUUCUGCCCCCCAGCGGCUAUCGCAUGUGGAGAGCCAGUGCUCGUCGAGUCCUGGGCAGCCGGGCUCAGUAGGUCAAGAGCUUCCGCAGCCCUUUUCUACCUCCCCCUUCCUCGGCGAGCCCCUCCUGCAGAGGCAGCUCCUCUCACCGCACUUCAAGCGGGACCCUGGCGCCCUGGCGGUGUUCCCCACGGCCCUGUACACAGCCAAGGUGGCGCUACUAUCUGCCAGACAGGGCCCACCGUCAGGGGGCGGGGAGGUUGGUGGGGUCAGCGACCAGUCGGAGAGCAGCGGCUGCAGCGCCGGAGAUGAGGAGCAGCUGGACACGGCGGAGAUCGCCUUCCAGGUGAAGGAGCAGCUGCUGAAGCACAACAUCGGCCAGCGUGUAUUCGGUCACUACGUGCUGGGCCUGUCGCAAGGCUCCGUCAGCGAGAUCCUGGCUCGGCCCAAGCCCUGGCGCAAGCUCACCGUCAAGGGCAAGGAGCCCUUCAUCAAGAUGAAGCAGUUCCUGUCCGACGAGCAGAACAUCCUGGCCCUGAGGACCAUCCAGGUCCGUCAGCGCGGGAGCAUAACUCCACGCAUCCGAACUCCAGAAACUGGGUCAGAUGACGCUAUUAAGAGCAUCUUGGAGCAGGCCAAGAAGGAGAUCCAGUCCCAGAGAGGAGGUGAAGGCAGACCUUCUCCGAGCAGCUCGUCCUCCAGGACCUGCGACGGCAGCGGCUCAGAUGCUACCAUCAGGAGCAUCCUGGAACAGGCGCGGCGGGAGAUGCGGGCGCAGCAGCAGGCGCUGAUGGAGAUGGAGGCGAGUGAACGUGGCAAGGCUGACGUGGGUGGGGUCCAGGCUGAACGCCCCCCCCUCAUCAACCCGCCACAGGCGCCACCGCCACCUACCUUCAUCAAGCAGGAGGACGGGGGCAGCGAGCCCGUAAGUGUAGCUGGGCCCCCGCUGAACGUGCUCUCCCCCGCCGCCUUCGUGCAGAAUAUCAUCCGCCAGGUGAAGUCUGAGAUCGGCGAGGCUGGAACCUACUUUGAGCAGCACUGGUCGGCCGAGCGGGGUGGAGCCUCGGGGCCGGUGCCGGGGGGGGACAGACACCCACGGCUGCUCGGCUCUGCCUCUUCCCCUGGCCGCUCCCCACCGUCCUUAGCCCCCUCUACUCCAUCCCGCCCCUGGCCCCGCCCGGCGAGCGCCGAAGGUCAGGUGGUCAGCGAGGACGGGGCGGGCCAGCCAAUGGAAGUGAAGGUGGAGGCGAAGUCGGAGGCGGAGACCUCAUGCGGGGGGGAGGCAGCGGCGGCUGGCCGGCUCUCCUACUACCCGCCAUAUGUACCCCGUGCCCUCAAGCCCACGGUACCUCCACUCACGCCCGAGCAGUAUGAGACGUACAUGUACCGUGAGGUGGAUACCAUCGAGCUCACCCGGCAGGUCAAGGAGAAGCUGGCCAAGAACGGCAUCUGUCAGCGGAUCUUCGGGGAGAAGGUGCUGGGCCUGUCCCAGGGCAGCGUGAGCGACAUGCUGUCCCGCCCCAAGCCCUGGAGCAAACUGACCCAGAAGGGCAGGGAGCCGUUCAUCCGCAUGCAGCUCUGGUUGGUAGAGCAGCUUGUCCAGACGCAGAACCCGACGUGCAGCAAGGGAGCCUCGCUGGAGAGGAGCCCCCUGCUAGCCCAGCCGUCGCCCUCCCCACCCCCGAGCCCAAUGGAGAGCCAGCCCAGCCCACAGGGAGAGCCGGAGAGCCCGCGUCUAGACGGAACUAAGGAGAACCAGCAGCCCGGAGCCCUCAGCCCCUCGCCGGACCUGCUGGAGGCGAAGGCGUCACCUGUCCUGACUCCCCUGCUCCCCCAGCACGCCUCGCUGGCCAUCCAGGAGCUGGUGGCCAUGUCCCCUGAACUGGACACCUACUGCAUCACCAAGAAGGUUAAGGAAGUGCUCACAGACAACAAUCUGGGGCAGCGCCUCUUCGGCGAGAGCGUCCUGGGCCUGACACAGGGCUCCGUGUCGGACCUCCUCUCCCGGCCCAAACCCUGGCACAAGCUGAGUCUGAAGGGCCGUGAGCCCUUUGUGCGCAUGCAGCUGUGGCUGAGUGACCCGCACAGCGUGACCCGGCUGCGGGACAUGAAGAAGGUGGAGAAGAAAGCCUACCUGAAGCGGCGGUACGGCCUGCUGAGCAGCGCCGGAUCAGACAGCGACUCUGCGGGGGCGCGGUCUGACUGUGCCAGCCCCACCCCCUCUGGCGAGCCCUGCCCCUUCAGCCAGCCCAAGAAGCCACGUGUGGUGCUGGCGGCCAGGGAGAAGGAGUCCCUGAGGAGGGCCUAUUUGCUGGAGCCGUACCCCUCACAGCACACCAUUGAUGCACUGGCCAGCCAGCUCAACCUCAAGACCAACACCGUCAUCAACUGGUUUCAUAACUACAGGUCCCGGAUGCGGCGGGAGGUCCUAACAGAUGGCCUCCAGGAAAAUGACGUGGAGGCGGAGCCUGCUCGUUAUGCCACUCCCCCUCUGCAGAGCCCCACCUCAGAUCUGGAGGCCGGGAAUCAGCACACUGACCACGUUGCAGCAAGACACAGCCGCCUGCCGAAUGGUACCCAGAAGCCUACUGGUGUCAAGCAGGAUGUCUCCGAGGUGGAGGAUGAGGAAGAAGAGAGUGCAGCAAAGCGGAGGUCCAGGAAGCAUCAGCAUCCAGCCACCGAGGCGAUGCUGGAAAGGGUGCCACUGUACAAGCACCGGUGUGCCGCAGACCUCAGGGACAAUGGGACCCCCACCUCAGGCUCCCCGCUCCCCGGGGGCCUCCAGAGGGUCACCCAGCAGGAGGGCGAGGACAGUGACACACCGACCAUCGACCCGGUCAGCUUCAGAGGCUCCUCAGAACCCGCCCGUAGCAGCCUGGUGGUGUCGCUGAACUCGCCCUCCGCCGCCUCCUCGCCAGGCCUCAUGCUGUCCGUGUCCCCUGUCCCCUCAUGCUCCGCACCAAUCUCCCCAUCCCCCCCCAUCCCCGUUGGGCCAAGCCCUGGCCCCAUGGCCCCCUCACAGAAUACCAAGCUCAGCCAGAGCACGCAGAGGCGCAAUGAGAAGAUGGCCAACCUAGACAACAUCAUCCACCGGCUGGAGCGAGCUGCCAACCGUGAGGAGAUCCUGGAGUGGGAGUUCUGAAGCACAGCCUCGACGCAGGAGUGACAAGCCAUGAUGGACAUGCAGGACUCCGGAAGGAGCUGUGCAAGGAGGGGUGGGGUGGGUGAGCUGCUGCGGUACCUCUCCAUGCCAGGUGGGGGUGCGUAGCUUCUCUCAUCAAACUGCUGCCUCCCACUCCAGCCAGACCCCCCCCCCCC